GCAAAUUUAGGACCUUUAUUUUGAAAUUCCUAGUGUACACUGUAUUGUAGGAAGCUGUUUUGAUGCCACGUUCACGUAAUUUGUGGUUCACAUUUUUGAACAAUUAAAAGGUUUGACAGCAUGUCGAGGGUCCCUUUGGGUAAAGUACUGCUUCGAAAUGUUAUCAGACACACAGAUGCCCAUAACAAGAUUCAAGAAGAAACAGACAUGUGGAAACAGAGGGAUCUUGAACAACAAGCUUCAUCGACUCAUCUCCCAAAGCACAGUGGCCAAAUGCACUGUGACCGUUAUUUGGGUUCAAAAGGAUCCAUGCAGGACAGGCUUGGAGACAGGUUGUCUGAGAGGGAUGAGAAAGAGGCCAGAUACUGGACACAAAAACUGUACGAGUUUGAAGCCAAUGAUCCUGACAGGUGGGGUCACAGUGGUUUUAAGGAGCUUUAUCCAGAAGAAUUCCGGUCGGAUGGACAAAAAGACUGCAGUGAUAGUAAGCACAGAAGGAAAAAACGCAAGAUCGCUUUAAGACCUGACAUAGAGAAAAACUCCAAAAAGUCAUCCAAGAAGAAGAAAAAGAAGAAGAAGAGGAAGAGAACUGUUGGCUCUGGCUCAGAGUUUUGCAGUGAUGCAGAGGACAGCGGGAGGAGAGAGCAGAGUAAGAAAUCCGGAAAAAACAAACAUAGGAAAAAGAAGCAUAAAAGCAAAGAGAGAACUGAGGAUAGCAGCACGGAGGACAGCCGUUUAGAAAAAAGGCUAAAAACACGGAGGAAAAGAGACUGUCUUGAAUCAGACACUGUGAAUGAGCCACGAACGAAGAAACGAAAAAACUGGAGAGUGGGAAGAGACGAGAGAUCAGAGGAGAGCUCUGAGGGAUGAGCUGUUUCUCUGACACGUGUGACUGAAAUCACAUUUUUAAUUGUUCAACUGUCAUCCGCUCAAUUAUAUUUGGGUGACUCUGAUCAUGUCUGGUGUCAGGUGUGUGAUUUAUAUACCUCGCCCACCAGAAACUUGACUUUUUACCAUGUUUGCAGCCAAAACUGUUUGACGAUGUUUUGUUAAUCUUUUUAGAUAUUUUUAAAUAUAUUUUAUUUUUUGCAAGACUA